GAAAUUCAGAAUGUGACAGAGAAAUGGUAAAGAGGAAGCAAUCUGACAAGGGCUAGCCGCCGAUUGCAGUAACACGCUGUAAAUAUUCUUUAGUUUACAGUCAAUUACAAAGUUUUUCAAGUCAUCAGAAAACCACCAAGUGUAGCAUGAAUCCAUUUCAACACCAGCAAGGCAGAGGAUAUAAUCCAUAUAAUUCUAGACCCGGUGACUGCAAUAGACAGCAGUAUGAUCAAUUCGCCAAUGCUAGGAGUCGUCCACUGUUGCCGAGACCAGACCCCCCAGGAUUUCGUAUGGAACCACCAAGAGGUCAAGCACAAUAUAACAUUGGGAACAAUUUUCAACAGAGGUUACCAGUACAAGCAUUUCAGAGGCCCAAUCUGUGGAAUAACCCAGAGAGUCAGUAUGGAAAUAGAAAUCCAAAUGUAGGAAGAGGGGUCAGAAAUCAGUUUCCUGUAUCAGAGAGAGGCAGGGGCUCGCAGGCAGGAUAUGGAUUUCAUAGGAGUGGCCAAAAUUAUUCAGGUGUUCAAGACAGUGUUAGAAAUGGAAAUAUGGGUGGAUUUGGAUUUAACAAUGCAUUUGGACCUGGGGAGCAAUUGAAUGUUCUAAGAAAUGCCGCUGCAAACCUUUUAGCAACUGGGGGAGGCCAGGGGUUUUUGCAGAAUUUUCAACAUUUCAAUCCAGGUUUUUCUCAAAGACAAAGCUCUAAUGAAGCAUUUGCCAGGGUGAAUACGGGUAAUCAAUUUCAUACUCCACCAAAUCCACUUCCUUCAAGAGAUUCACAUUUGAAGAAAUCGCAAAGAACUAAAACUCUUAGAUACUUGGAUGUUGAUUUGAAUAACAGCAAAGUCGGUGCGGAAGUACAGAACAAGUCCGAAUCCAGUAAUCUUCACUUAAGUAAUCAAAAUGCAACAAAUCCAACCAAUCAAAAUCAGUUUGAUAUUGCCGGAAACUCUGCAAUCUAUAACAAAGGAUUUCUUGGAACUGUAAGCCAGAUCGAAGAGAAAUCAAAUAUCGCAAACUGUACUAUCACCACCCCUAUUGUGCCACUUCCCAGGAAAACGAUAGAACCAUCAAGUUCCGAGGAAUCUGUAAUAGUAGGAAAGACUAGGGACCUUAGUGCAGUGGACUGUGACACUAUUAUGAUUGGUCGAUCUGUCGGUGGGGGACAGAAUGAAAACAAGUUUAUGCAAGGGCUUUCUAAUAUGAGCUUGGCAUCUAGCUUUAAACAAGAUGUUCACACUAAGGCUACCCCCACCACACAGUCACUGGGAGGGACUUCGGAUCAGGAUGAUUGUGUGAUUGUUAAUCCUCCUACAUGUAGGGAAACCACUCCUCAGCAAACACCUAAAUGUACCCCCACAAAAACACAAGUUCAAACCUUAAGCAAAUCUCCCAGUUCUUGUCAAGAGGAGUCUUAUGUGAAUACUAGUCAAGCAUCUCCUUUCCAGAAAUUGGAGAACCCUGAAAUUAAAUCGAUUGAAACUAGUCCUGCAUCACCCCUCCAGAAAAUAGGUCACGCUGAGACCAGAACAGACAAAAUUUGUGAACCUCAAGGUAAUGAUAGUCUGUGUGGUUCCUUGUCAUCUGGAGAAAGGGAUAAGACUGGACUGAAUGCUGCCUUGAUUUCACCAAAGGUAUCUCUUCAUAAGCAAGCCUCUAGUGGACUCAGCAGUAUGGAUCUGGUUAAAGAUAAUGUAAGUUUAGGGCAAGGCAUUAAUACUGUAGGAAACUCCACAAAUGACAGGGAAAACACAGUCUCAAAGAAUCCGAGUGAUGUUGUCGGUGGUAGAUUUAUGAAGGGGGAUGGAGCUGAGAUUCCUAGACAAAGGAUACUGAGUGGAGAGAGUCAGCGGUACGGUGCCAAAGGAUGGCCAGCUAGGGUAGAGAAGAAGAGACAUCAGUCAGAGGACAUCAGAUUCAAAAGGGAGAACAGCUCCCCACUGAAACACAGAGAAAGCACAGACUCUGGCAGCACUGCAGGUCAAGACCGAAAGCAGCACAGCAUGCAUCGGUCCCAGUCGGAUUCUAGUCAAGAGAUCACUCCGGAGUCUGCUCAAACCUAUAAGGAGUAUAAAGAGGCCAAGCAGAGACUGCUGGAGAAGGAGAAAGAGGAGCAGAGCAGGAGGAGGAGUCAGCAAAGGUUGUCCUCCUCCUCAUCCUCGGAGACACAGGGUGGAGGUGUCCGGCAAGGCUCUGUACAGAAAACGGCCGAGAGUUACCCCUUAAACACCAGCAGAGGGGGACAAGCUGUGGAUUCCAUGGACAUGUUGGACUCCAAAUUCUGCAUUGUGUAUGGAGCUGAUGUACCCAGUCCUGAAGAUGAUGGUGAUAGGCACAGUGACCUAGACAUUGACUUGGAUCUAGAUGACUCAGAUGAUGAACUGCUGGAAGCACCUUCCUUUUUAAAGGAUCUGGAAAAUGCAAUAACACAACCAGUGCCACGCACCCCACCACCCAAACUCGUCUCUUCCCCUGCCCCCGGUAGCCCUGUCCCCGGGGCGGUCUCCUCCUCUGUGUCCAUUCCCUCCACGUCAAGGUUCGCCAAGUUCUCCCUGGACAGCCUGCUGGAGGAACACACCAACAAACCACAAGAGCAGAGAGAGUAUGAAGAAAUGCACGCAGAAUUGAAGGAAUCUGUUAAACAAGGAGGCUUUGUAAAAGACACCUUGGAGAAACAAGAUGAUCCUUCAUCAGAGAAUUUACUACCGGAACACCAAGAGCAAAUAGAGCAUCUGGAGAUGAAGAAGAGUGUCAUUUGCCCCGCCCACCCAGGGGAGACAAUAUUUUGCUCCAGCCGUUACCAGCAACUCUUUACUCCCAGCAUAACUCCAUCGAUGUGUGGAUUUAGUCCUGGGGAGUCGUACAUUGACAAAUUCCUAUCAAGUGUUCAACCAAGAAAUUUUGGAGCACUGUUAUCCUCUGAGGUUCUAGUCAAUUGCUUAGAGAAGGUUACACACCCAAAGCCAAUUCUUAAAUGGCUCCUCUUUUUAUUGUCAGUGGAUGGCAGUCACCUGGCUAUGGAUGGAUGCUGUAAAGCACUGGAAGAGUACCUGUACACUCAGAAGGUCUUCCAUGAGGAUGAGAACCCAUGGGCCCCCUGUGUGGAAGACAUACUCUCCAUAUUCAUGAACUGUGGUGCAUCGAAAGAAGAUGUUUUGCCUACAAAUGUAUUUAAAGAUGAUGAGAAGAUAAGCUCCCUGAGUAAAGGAAUCACAAAAGAAGCUAACGUUGGCCUCCCGCCUCCCAAUGCGGGCAGCCUCAACAGGGAAAACCUGAGACUGGUGCUACAGGUGCUGGCUCUGGCCCUCCAGAGGAGACCGAAGUAUGACACUUCACACCUGACAGCGCUCUAUGUAAUGUUAUGUAGAGUGGCCCUGGACAAAUCUCUGAGCAGUGGUAUAGUUAAUAUAGAAGUCCAGUCCUGUUUAGGCAGCAUUUUAUGUUGUUAUCCAGAAUCAGAAUGGAAAACCUGUGCAAUAAAGCUGUGUUCUAUCCUGCCGAGUCUGACGGAGCACCACCACAAUAAGGUGUGUCUAGCCUCGCUGUCACCAUACGGGAGGCGAGGCCAGUACCUCCAGAGGCGGGUCUCCUACCUCAUGCUGAGGCAGCUGUUUGACAUGGAGCCCAGCCCCGAGGACAAAAUAGAAAACUGCAAGAUACGAGACCUCCAUCAGUUUCUGCCACACCUCCAACAGCUGGUGACGUCCGACAUGUACAAACUGUACAGCUGUAUCACCCUCAUAGACCUCGGUGUCGGCAAUGGGGUCAUUUCCCCGGGGGAAAAGGACAGCCUACAGUAUUUGUCAGAGCAGAUUAAGAGGAUUAGCGGUGAUACGAGGGACGAUGUCCGAGUGUUGGACAGGAGCAGGGUGAAGGACCAGAUGGUGAGACUGACCAGUAAGUGGACGCUGAGGUUACUGACUGUGGGCAGCAACCAGAGAAGUAUAUUCUCUUACACAACAUCCCGAGCGCCACAGACUUUAGAAAUUGAAACCGUACAGGCAAGUCAGACUGAUGAGAGCCAGUCAGAACCAGAAUCGGACGUAGAAAUGGCGGACCCACUGGAAGAAGAGGAACCGCAGUCCCUGUAAAUUACAAGCCACGCUACAUGUAAACGACAAAUCAAACUCAACGUAAACUGCCAACUGUUGCUCAAAUCAGAACUCCAUUCAUUACACUGAAAGCAAGUGUUGAUGGAAUCUCAUUAUGUGUUCAAAUUCUGUUUGUGUUAAAAAUUGUUCUCAUUGCUGAAAGGUCGCAGGUUUUCAUUUCACUCCCAUCUUUUGAUUCUGCAGUCAGUUUUAACCGUCUAUCAUAGAAGAAUGAUAUUUUGAUGUCAAAAUCUGUUGUUAAAUAUGUAAUCAUUUUGGUCAACAACCUACCCCCCCUCCACCCCCACCCCUUCUAAAAAAACUUUAAGGAAAAUGAAUUAUGCUGUAUAGCAGAGAAUAAAAGUUUGAUUAUAAUGGUCAGUAUAAAUUGAUGGAAAUCAUUAAUGUUUAUUUAAGUUUUAGUCAAUUCCUCUAAGUUGUGUACUUUCUAAUGUGUACUUGACCAAUUCUAUUCUCACUUAAAUAUAUAGGUGCCACUAGUUUUUUAAGGAUUAAAAAAAAGCCUGACAUUUACAGGAUAACAUACAGAAGCUCUUUUGAAAUUUAUGAUAAGCAUGUUAUUAUUUAGAUCAACUUUCCAUUUAGAAAACAGAGUGAAAUACAUGUUUAGGGAAUAACUGAUUAUCUUUAAUGGUGAUAAAUUUGCAUUCAUGCAUAAAGUCGUGAUAUAAAAGAAAAUAUACUUUCAUAAGCCCCCCCCCCCCCCCCCCCCCAAAAAAAAAUAAAACCCCAAAAAACUAGUCAGAAUUUUCAUACUUAAAUAAAAGAUAUAUACAUUGUAUCAUGAUUAAAAUAUUUAAUGGUGUUUUCCUACACCUAAUUUCAUUGCACGGUCAAUAAUCUUUAAUAUCGGAUGCGAUAUUCAUUUCCAGAGUAACUGAUCUAAUAAAUUGGACAAUUGGCAUUAUAUGAAACUUGGAAAUGUCAAAAAAGGUUAAAACUGUCUGUGAAAGGUCAAAGUAAGCCUAUUGACUGCAAAGGUCAGCACUUUACAUGUAUGCAGGCGAGCAGUGACAUUCUAGUCUGUAUUUAUCUGUCUGUAUCUCAAUUUAUUAACAUUUAUUUCCAACUACUUUGCUAUGUAGAAUUGUUAACAACUUUUUCGAAUACAAUAUUUUUGCGAAAGAAAACAAGGUCGAAAUACAUAUAUAUGAACGACUAAUUUGCUAUGUAAAAUUGUUAACAACUUUUAAUACAAUAUUUUUGCGAAAAAAAAACAAGGUUGAAAUACAUAUUUGUUUGAUUCAAAAACAUGUAUGUUUACUCCGGUGAGCUUUUGACUAAAGGUGUUUAAUUUACUUAUGUAGUGGCAUGCAGUAGUAUUAACCAUUGAACAAUGUUACUCAGAAUACAUUGAAUUUGUUGAUUCUGUUUUAAGUUUGUACAAUAAAUGACCAUAUUGUUUUGUUUAAA